CGCGCCCGGGGCCGCGUCCGGGGCUCGGACUGGCUGGGUACGUCUCGAGCAUGCGCGCCGCGGCCCGGCCCAAACCAUGGCUCACAGGCCUCAGAGGACGUUCCGGCGGCGCCAAGUGGACUCCAGCGACAGCGACGGGCCCGAGGAUCCGGCUGCUGAGCCCGGGGAGCAGAAGGAGCAGGCGGCCCCGGGCUCUCCGGCAGGAGGUCCGCCCCUCGGAGUCCGCGCGGAGCUGAUGGGGCGACAGCGUCGGGCCCGGGGCCCUCGGGGCCGGAGUCGGGUCUGGGCGAGCUCGCGGCGCGCGGACGGCGGCCCAGGCGUCCCAGAAUCCAGGAGAGUUGAUCUUUCAACUGAUGAAGAGGAUGGAAUACAGCACUCCUCAGAGAGUAAAGAUGAUCAGACCUCAUCCUCAGACAGCUCUAGCUCAUCCUCUGAGAGCUCUGAAUUUUCAUCAGCAGUUAAAAUCCCUGAUGCAGCUUUUAUUCAGACAGCCCGCAGAAAACGUGAACUGGCCAGGGCCCAAGGUGACUAUAUUCCUUUGGAUGUAAACCAUCCCGCCACCGUCUCUGCCAUGACGAGAAGCAGUGAGGAGGAUCCUGAGAGUGAGCCCGAUAACCAUGAGAAGAGAAUACUCUUCACACCAAAGCCCCAAACACUGAGACAAAGAAUGGCUGCAGAAACAGCAAGCAGAAGUGAAGAAACAAGUGAAGAGAGCCAGGAAGAUGAAAAUCAAGAUAUUUGGGAACAGCAACAAAUGAGGAAAGCAGUUAAAAUCACAGAGGGAAGAGACAUAGACCUUUCUCACAGGAGUGAUUCUCCGGCAGUGAAGAAGUUUGAUACUUCCAUUUCAUUUCCACCAGUAAAUUUAGAAAUUAUAAAGAAGCAGCUAAACACUAGAUUAACUCUACUACAGGAUACUCAUCGCUCACACCAGAGAGAAUAUGAAAAGUAUGUAGAAGAUAUCAAGAGCUCGAAGAGUACAAUCCAGAAUCUAGAGAGUUCAUCAAAUCAAGCUCUAAGUUAUAAGUUCUAUAAAAGCAUGAAAAUGUAUGUGGAAAAUUUAAUUGACUGUCUAAAUGAAAAGAUUAUCCACAUCCAAGAAAUAGAAUCAUCCAUGCAUGCACUUCUUUUAAAACAAGCCAUGACCUUAAUGAAACGCAGGCAAGAUGAACUAAAUCAUGAAUCAACGUAUUUACAGCAGUUAUCAUGCAAAGCUGAAACAUCAACAAAUGGAAGCUUGACUUUAGAUGAAAAUACUCAGAAGGUUUUAGAAGAGGUUGAGUUUCGAAGGUCACAAAGAAGACAAGCAAGAACAUUUGCUGGGAAUUGUAACCAUCAGGAGGGGAUGUCUAGUGAUGAAGAACUGCCUUCUGCAGACAUAACUGACUUCCAGAAAAACCAAGAUGACAUUUUACAGGAUCAUAAGAAAGUUUUUGAAGAUGUGAAUGAUGAUUUUUGUAGCAUCCAGAGUAUUUUACUGAAAUUUAAAGAAUGGCGAGAAAAAUUUCCUGAAUCCUAUUAUGAAGCUUUCAUUGGUUUAUGCAUACCAAAGCUUUUAAAUCCUGUAAUACGAUUUCAGUUGAUUGAUUGGAAUCCACUUAAGCUGAACUCAAUAGGUUUAAAACAGAUGUCUUGGUUCACAUCUAUAGAAGAAUUUAUUGACAGCAGUGUAGAAGAUACUAAGAAGGACAGUAGUUCGGAUAAAAAAAUUUUGUCUACGGUCAUCAACAAAACAGUUAUUCCUCGACUUACAGACUUUGUAGAAUUCAUUUGGGAUCCUUUGUCAACCACACAAACAACAAGUUUAAUAACACACUGCAGAGUGAUCCUUGAAGAACAUUCCAGUUGGAAAAAUGAAGAUAGUAAAAGCAGACAGGAUUUACUUAAAUCCAUUGUUUCAAGAAUGAAGAAGGCAGUAGAAGAUGAUAUUUUCAUUCCUCUGUAUCCAAAGAGCUCUGUAGAAGAUAAAACAUCACCACAUUCAAAGUUCCAAGAGAGACAGUUCUGGUCAGCGUUAAAGCUCCUCCGUAAUACUCUGCUUUGGAACAGACUCCUGCCGGAUGACACACUGAGAGAGCUAGGCCUGGGAAAGCUGCUAAAUCGCUACCUUAUCAUAGCUCUUCUUAGUGCCACUCCUGGGCCAGAUGUUGUCAAAAAGUGCAGCCAGAUAGCGGCAUGUCUACCUGAAAAUUGGUUUGAAAAUCCUGCUAUGAAGAUGUCUAUUCCUCAGAUGGAAAAUUUCAUUCAGUUUUUAUUACAGUCUGCACAUAAUUUAUCUAGAAGUGAAUUCAGGAAUGAAGUCAAGGAAAUAAUUCUUAUUCUGGUGAAAAUAAAAGCUUUGCAUCAAGCAAAAUCCCUCAUAGAAGACGAUCACCUCAAUGAUCUGAAAUCACUAAUAAAAGAAGUUUAAGUAAACUUUCUAAGUACUAAAAUGAGCUUCUACCAGUUGCACUCGGUGGCUUCGCUUCAAGAAAAGCUGAUGCUUCUCUGUUCCCUCUGAGGAGGGUAGGCUUUGCAGAAGAGCAGAGCUCCCUUCCUCCCUCCCUCCCCUGCACACUCUACCUUCUGGUGACACAGAAGGCUCCCCUUCCGAACCUGUUGUGUUUCAAAGAAUUAAAUGCAUGGAAGCUGUGAGAAUUCAGUGUUUCUUAUUGUUUCUUCUUUUUCAGUUGUAAAGGGGCGUUGGAGAAAUCCUAUGUAACUAUUUUGACUGGGGAGCAUGCGAAGUCAUCUAACUGCUGAACCAUAAAGCUGUGCUUAUUUGAACUACCUCUGCUUAUUUAAGUAACAAGUCUUAACUAGAAUCCAUUAAAUAGCAGGCAUUUUAAGGUAUUCUACAACUGAUACUCAAAUUGUGCUCCAGAAGUCUGUUUCAGAUUAUUGAAUCAACACAAGUGUAAGAGAGCCGCACUAUAUCCCUGCCGGCAAUACAUAUGUACUGGUAUUAUUUUUUUAAUUCAUUGCAAAUUUGAUAAGUAAAAAAUCUUAUUUUGACUGUUAGAAAUGAAACAUGUUGGUUUUAGCCAUUUAUAAUGCUCUUUGAAAUACUCAUCUGUUUUAAAGAAAGGCCUUUUAUAUUUUGGAAAUAUUGAUCUGUUGCCCAUCUUGCAUAGCAAAUAGUGUUUCAUUUGCCAAUUUUAGUUUUCAUAUAAAAUGGUUUCUGGUAUAAGUCAUAACUUACUAGCAAGUUUCUGAGUUUUUUUCUUUUUUGUCAUUGGUAUGGUAAAAAUGAAGCAUUUUAAAUACUCAGGACAUGUGAUUCAUUUUCUGAUAAAAUAAUACUUGUUAGCUUAAGGAAUUAUAAAGCAAGAUAACUAGAAAUUAAGUUUUAGAAAUGAGAUUUUGCUAGUAAUUUUCUUAAGUUUGUUUGUUAAAUCACUUGGGCAGCUUUAAAAAUAUAUUUUGUAAAUAGUUGCUCAGAAGAUACUGAGAAAUUAUUAAGAUUUAUAUCAGUUAUCACUUCUACUUUCAAAAUUACAUAAUUUAACAGGUAUGUCACCUCUCCUGCAAUGAAGCCGUGUGAUUCACUAGUGUGAUGGACUCAUUUAAACCUUUAAGUAUUUGUAUAAGUUAUAUGGCAAUAAACUUAACAUCUGUAAAAUUCAAACCAUUGCUUAAAAGCAGAGAUGGAGGUGGAAGAGGGAUGACAAAAAGAAUUAAGACGUGAAAUGUACACGAAACAACUGUCCAUGAUUAAUGUAGUAUGUCCUGCAAAGACGCAUGUACUAAUAAAGAUUAAAAUGUUUUUAAAUAAGCAUGGAAAAACAUUUAUAGAAAGGAAAAAAAGCAUUUGGUAUUCCCAUACAGCUAACUUCCCCAGGGAGAAAUGCUUUCUCCAUUUUAGUGUUAUCCUUUCAGACAUUUUGUUUACAAAGAAAUGCGUGUACAUAAAAUUUUAUGUAAAUGACAGAUACUUUAUUAUAUAUGAAAUAUGUAAAUUCUUUACUAUUAAAGGUAAUAUUUGGAAAUUAAA